AUGGAAGACUCCAAAGUCCAAAGUCUUAUUAACCAGUGCAAAUCUAACGACAUCGACGCAAAGGUAGAUGCACUCACAAAACUUCAGGCAGAAUUCGAGGCCGGUGCAGAGAUCCCAGACCCCGACGCGCUCAUCGCGACGCUCAAGACUUGUUUACGUACUCCCAACCAGCACCUCACCACCGCCACCCUCGCUGCGCUUCCGCCCCUCCUCCCCCUCCUUGUCGCCCACUUCCCCACUGCCCCCGGUACGGGAGCAUCCACGCCCACGUCCCCCGCCGCGUCGACCUCCUCCGCCCACCCCGCUCCGGUCGACGCGUACACGCUCCGACAGGUGCUCCUCGCAUUCCUCCCCGCAGGCGGCGUCGUCGACCGCCUCGGCGACGCUCGCGAGCGCGCGCGCGACAAGGCGCGCGAGACGCUCGUCCUCCUCGGCGGCAUGGCCUUCCGCCUCAGCGGCGGGUCGUCCGUGCACGGCAGGCAGAAGGACGGCAGGCCCGAGACGCCCCUCGCGCUCUUCGAGAAGCAUCUGCGCGAGAACGGGCUCGCGAGCAAAGUGUGGCGCGUCCGCGAGCAGGCGAUACUGACGCUGGUGCACAUCCGGCGCGCACACCACCUCUUCCCGAUCCGCCCGUACCUCUCUGCGCUCGUCGAAGCUCUCGAGGACACCGACGGGAACGUGCGCGAGUGCGCGCGGCAGUCCGUCGUGGAGCUCUUCACGGGCCCCGGCGUGACCGAUGCCGCGCGCGCGGACCUCAAGCGAGAGAUGGCGAAGAAGGGCGUCCGGAAGGCGAUCGUCGACGGCGUCCUCGCUAAGCUCCUUGUCGGCGGCGGUGGCACGAGCUCGCCCGGCACGUUGAGCGAGGCGGGCUCGGAGAACGGAGAUGCUGCGGCGGGCAGGGAGUAUGUGCCCCCGAGCAUCGCACUGAUGAACCGCAGGCCGACCGCGGGCGCAUUCACUGGCUCGAGCUCGGGCUCGGGCGCGCCGACGAGGACGGUGAGCCAGGGAACCGCAAGAGAACCGCCGAGGCCGGCGAGCAGGGCCGCUACUGUUCAGUCGCCUGUGCCUAUAGAAGGCCCGAGUGCGCCCGGAGGUACGCCGGCAGGCGGGUCUGAGGUUAGGCCCGUAUAUAUCGCUUCAAGUCGAGACUUGGAAACCGAGUUUGCUUCGAUGCUUAAGCAUUUCGAGGGAAAAGAGACAGAACACAACUGGGCGGCGCGCGAGAAGGCGAUACAGCGCGUCCGCGGUAUGCUCAAAGGUGACGUGCACGAGAGAUUUACAGACACCUUCUUGUUCGGGUUGAAGAAUGGAUUCAUCGACGCGUCCCUCAAGACGCUCGUCAGUUUGCGGACGACGGUGUCUGCGAACACUUGCUUCCUCUACUCAGAGCUCGCCAUCGCGCUCGGGACCGCGCUGGACCCGUUUUGCGAAGCGCUCCUCACCAAUCUCUUCCGCAUGUCAAGUCUGACGAAGAAGAUCACCGCACAGCAGUCUCAGGCAACGCUGUCAACCAUUGUCUCAUACACGUCGGCGCACCCACGGCUUAUCAUGCCACUGUUGUGGAACACGCUCCAGGACAAGGCGGUCCAAACGCGGGCCUACGCUACAAGUCACGUGAAGACGUAUUUGGAGGUACAUUCGACCCGUUCAAGAAACGCAAUUGAAGCCGCCGGUGGUGUCGAGGUACUGGAGAAAUGCAUUAAGAAGGCCCUCGGCGACGCGAACCCCGGCGUGCGAGACAAUGCACGCAAGUCCUUCUGGGUGUUCGAGGGUGUCUGGCAAGAAAGAGGACGGGCGAUCCUGGAUUCGCUGGACCCUGUUGCGAGGAAGCAGCUCGAGAAGGCGUGUCCUAAUCCCGAAGUCAUCGCCGCUAUCCCCGCCGUUUCGACGCCCAUAACCAAGAAGAGCAGCGUCGCUGCUGCGAUUGCAGCAAGUCGGGCCAAGGCCAAGGCUAUCGCUACGGCUCCACCGACACUGCGGCAUCAGGCGACUUCGACGUCGCAUGCCGUGCGCGCUAUGUCACCUCCCUCGAAGCGUCCUACCUCUCCGUCACUAUCGACCAGCAGUUCUACUGGCGGCGUCCGGGCGACGUCGCCCACCCCGAGAUACCCGUCCACGCAACCCCGUGCAAGGGUACCGUCUGCGACCCUCUCCCGGUCUGUCAGUUCAAGCGUCGUUUCUGCUGCCCGCUCCCGCAGUGGGCCACAACCACCCAGGUCGCCGCCAUCUCCUACGCCCGAUCCGACUUUACGCCGGCACGCCACUUCUCCGCUUGUCUCCACGUCACCGUCUUCGCCAAACGCCAACUCUGUCUUUCGGCGCGCCGUGCAGACAGCGCUGCCAGCGUCACCGCCCCGCGCGACGUUGGCCAAUGUGUCCCCGACGCCCCGGCCGCCUGUCCCACGCGUCGGACUGCAGGCAGCCGUGCCCGUGCACCGCGAAUCGCUGUCCAUAGCGGGGCUGCACCACAUGGCCGGAACGGAGGACGAGUCGCUCCUUUUGGCGACGACGAUCCCCAUCCCUGAGGACAGCGACUCCGAAAUAGACGACGAGCCGGGGCAGCAGUACCCCAUUUCUUUUUCUGCACCGUUCGAGAUGUACCCACCCGUCGCGGCGCCGCGCUCGCAGGCCGCCUCGUUCUCGCCCAGGUCGAGCAGCUCGAGGCCCGGCCCGUCGAACGCGCUGUCCACUGCGACGAGCUCCCCGCCCGCGGGCGUGCCGCAGCCGAUCGUUGAGGACGCGCUGCGUGCGCGUGCGGAGCAGGCGGAGAGUGCUGCCGAGCGGCUGCUGGAGCUCGUCGAGCCAGAAGAGGACGGCGCGCAUCCGUCACCGAUACCCCCGUCUUUACUCCUGAGAGGCAGCGAGGCGACCCCAAAGGUGAAGCCAGGCUCCAGGGCAACAACAGGCCCGACCUAUUUCAAGGUCCCGGCGACAAUGCCCAAGACGCCUGUCAACCGCCAUGAGUCCAUAAUGUGGCAGGCGGCACUGUUCCAGGACAGCCCCGCGCCGAAUGGUAAGACCGCAUCUCUGUUCGACAUUGUCGACGGCCGGGACCACGCGCGCGAGUGGUGGGGAAAGCGCAUGUCACUAGUGAGUGAUGGGUCGCCGCUUUUGUCUGUGGAGGACAGCGGUCGGGAGCUGCAAGGUUACAUCUCCGUGCUGGAACAAGGUUCGGCCGAUGUCCGCGUGCUCAAGAAGCUCGCGGGCUUGUGCACACAGAACCGAGUGGACGAGUCCAUGUCACCCGUCUUCCCGGCGUUCUCCGUCCCCGCCACUCCUACUCCCCUCGCCGGCAGUUCGCGGGCCUUACCACCUUUGACGUCCGACCUUUGGACACCGCAGAAGAACUUUGAUCGGCUGUUCAAUGCCCUGAUAAAGUUCUUAGAUCCUCGAAAGGACACAGAAGUGCUGGAGUAUGGCCUGAUCGUCCUGUGGGAGAUGCUGGAGAACCAGGCGCCACUCCUCGAGGGGCGAGAAGCGGAUAUCUUCACCACCCUACUACAAACGCGAUACUGUGCCCAGUCCAGCCUCAUGCAAGCGACAAAUAUGUUCCGCGAUGCUCUCACAAAUCGUAUUGAGCCCGUGUAUGGCUUGACGACCCUGCAUGCGAGCAUCCGCGUAUUCUGGGAGACCCCGUUCCCUGCGACAUCGAAUGUGGAGGUCAAAGAUGGCACCUACGCUUUUGGCCUGAUAGCGCUGGGUAAAUUCAUUCUGCGAUUACCGGCAGAGGUCCUGGAAGACGAAUUGCCUAGGCUACGGACGACUUUGAUUUCAGCUCUCACCGAUUCGUCGUCAGAAUCUUCUCUGAUGGUGCGAGAGGCAGCCGCAGCCUCCAUAAUCGCGGCGCAGUUGGUCCUGCGCGAUGAGACCCAUCUGUUUGCUCUCCUGGACGGAUUGCCAGACGAUAAGAAAAAUCUUCUCACCUACCUAUUUGACAAGCACGGUUCGCGGGGCUCCGUCGAAACUACCGGCCCAUCUGGAAUGGAAAAACUUGAACGGGAAAUGCGACGCUUGGAUAACCGGACGAACACUCCGCCACGGCCCACUCAGUCAGGUAUCGUUUCUAUGUAG